AUGGAGCCGACCGUGCACGACGUCCUGGCGUUCCACCGCGUCGACCGCGCCGCCUACGAGCAUCUGCUCUCCCUGGGCGCCGGGCGCCACUCAUCCCGCGACGCCGUCGCGCUCCUCAUGUGGUUCCAUCGCAAAGCCGGCGUCGACGCUGUCUCCCGCGUGCGCGCUCUGGUCCGCACCCAGGCUGCCGCCGCCCAGCUCGUCGCCGAGGCCCGCGCCGUCCUCCUCCACGGCGCCGACGCGGAGUCUACGACGACGCUCCUCUCGUGCGCGUGUGGCGAGGACGACGACGACGCCCGCGCCCGCGUGCGGCGGUUCCUGGCGUCUUGGGGCGGCACGGCCGACGCCCUGCGGCGCGGCGUCGGGGAGGUCCUCGGCGGCGCCGGAGCGCUGGUGUUCGACGAUCCGCUACACGCGAUCCUGAGGCGGUGGCACGAGGACGGCAGAGACGGCGGCGCGCUCCCGGGGGAACUGGCCGCGCCGUAUCGUCGUCGCUGCGUGGCGGCGGCAGAGGUGCAGGAGGAGGACGGCCGGUCUCUGUUCAUCACGUUCUCCAAAGGGUUCCCAUUAACGCGCGUGGAGGUCGAGGAGUUCUUCACUGAGAGGUGGGGCGGCGAUUGCGUGGCAAAAGUGAUGAUGCAGAAGACGCCGCCGGGGGAGCCGCCGACCUACGGGCGCAUUGUGUUCCGGCGCGCGGCGACUGCGGCGGCGGUGCUGGCCGGGCGACCGCUGGUGAAGCUGGUGGUGAACGGGCGCCACCUGUGGGCGCGCAAGUACGUUCCCCGGCCUCCGCCGCCACAGCAACACUAG